CCUCCCUGAACCUCAAGAGUCCAUUCACUCCUUUGAAGAGCAUUUUGGUAGCAGCAAGGAGGAGAGUGCCCUGAGCCCAGAGGGUCAAAAGUCACUAGAGAUCGCUGUCCAAGUCUGUACACCCAGCCCCCUUCAUCCACCCUCAACUCCACCACCAGCACCAGUCAAGGAGAAGACACCCAAACUGUUCACGCUGAGCAAGCUCAGUUUCACAUCCUCCCAGUCAGGAGGCACCAACAUGAACCUGUCGGAUCUGCCUACCCCUACCUCCUUCCCUCCCAGCGCCUUCAACUACGAGCGGCCGAGGCAUUUCAUCCAGUCACAGCCAGCUUUCCAAGUGCCAAGCUACGAGUGUGUCCUGAGAGAGGCCCAGGAGAACCAGAAUCACCAACUAAACCUCAAUAGCACCCAGAGUCCAAAUGUUACAGAGACUCAAAGUCACAUUAAAAACACACAGACUCAGUCAUUUUCUCAAACCCAGUCAGUGCCGAAGUCUGUGAUGCAAACACAGUCACAAUUUCAAUCCCUGAACCUCAUUCAGAACCAAACAACUUCAGUGACCCACUCUCAGAUUCAGAACCAGGCCAAGCUGUCCACUUCACUGUCCAGCUGCAACCGUCCUGCUUCCGUCUCCGAUUCCUCUGCUGUAUUUCCUCUGUCCUGCUCUGCUUCCUUACUCACUCCCUCUGCUCCCACCUCCUCCUCUCCUGCCCCUACCAUCUCAUCUUCUCUGACCCGCCCCACCAUGCGCUCCACCAUCACUCUCACCCCCAGAGUUCCCAGUGUGACGGGCCUUGGCAGCGCCACCUUGCCAGCCAACCAGGACACCAUGUUAGCAUCAGCUGCUUACCUCUGCUCUGUGCUGCCCUCCCAGUCCUCCACCUCCACUCUGUUCUCCUCCAAAUUAUCUCCCAACUCCAACCUCUCCCACCACUCCCCUUCUCACUCUAGCUCCCCACUUUCACCCUCCAGCCCCCUCCUUCCUACGGAGGCCUCUUCUCCAUCCUCCCUUUCUCAACAGCCACUUUUAAUGUCCCCUUCUCUCUCUGGCUCCACUCUGUCUUCCCCCUCUUCUUCUCUCCCACAGCCGAAAACCCCCAACAUUCAGAACAUGGAUCAACCUGCUGUAGUCUCUCUGCCUGCCAGCUACAAGGGGACACCCAACACCCUACCUAAACCUAUAUUGAAGAAGUCUGUUGUGCCUCAGCACUCCUCCUCUUCCUCCAUAAAAGAAGACAUCCAGGGCUCGAAAGAUGCUCUCAUUCAGGACCUGGAAAAGAAGCUUCGCUCUAAAGAAGUCAGAAGAAGACACAGUCAGAAACUCUCCUAUGAGGAGCAGAUGGCUCGCAGGCUUUUGGGUCCAAACAACGCUACACACAUGUUUGACAAAGACAAUUUGUCAGAUUCACAACUUGAGCAGCCAGAUUCUUCUGAAGGACGACACACAGGUGGUCUAUGGGGUAGCCACCACUUGGGGACAGAUGAGAAGAGCAGUGAAGAAUCCGCUAUCCAGGAGAAAUGUUAUGCUCCUCGCUUCCUUCAAAUACCCCCAGACCUCAAAGUUGAAGAGGGACGAUUCUGUAGGAUUGACUUCAAGGUUGGUGGUCUUCCAGCUCCAGACAUUUCUUGGUAUCUGGAUGGUAAGGCCAUUCGCCCAGACGACUACCACAAGAUGUUGGUGUGUGAGAAAGGAAUGCACUCAUUCAUCAUCGAGAUCAUCACAGUGCAUCAUGCCGGUGUGUAUGAGUGUGUGGCUACAAACCGAGCUGGGCAAAGCAGAUUCACCAUGAGGCUUCAUGUAAUAGCUCAGGAAGUUCUCCGUCCUCCCACCUUCAUCCAGAAGAUGUUGAACACCAGAGCCCUUGAGGGUGACACAGUUAGGUUAGAGUGUAAAGUGGACGCCUCCCCUCCUCCACAGCUUUUCUGGAAGAAAGAUAAAGACAUGCUGCGCAUCGACCCCAACAGAAUGAGCUCGCAUGACUCCUGCCAUGAAAAUGGCCCCUUCCGACUCAAAAACACUGAAGCUGCUGUCUUCUAUGAGCCAUGCCCCUGCUCUGAAAGUAGAGACCCCCGCCCAGCACACGGCCCCGCUGUAUGAGAGCGAAGAGCUGUAACGUCAUCUGUUCUGACUGUCAGACCUUAAACCUAUUUUCAGACUACCAGCAUUGCAGCAGAUGAUUUCAUGUCUCAGACUAAAUUAAUUACAUUAAUUAGAAGCAAUACAUUUUUUUUGUUUUUCCACCACUUUAUUUACGAAAGCAGAUCUUCUUGCUAAUACAGUUUUAAAAAUCUCCUCAGUUUGUGACAUCCAGACCUGCAUUUUUACAAGUAGUUUGAAGUAGUUUGGGGAAAAUGACGCCAAAGUUUACUGUAGAACUGCAUCACAGCAGUUUUGGGAAACAUGUUUCAAUCUUCUGUUUGUCACCUUUUCUUUGUGUUUAUUUCUGUCUAUCCUGUCUGCUCUGAGUCAAAUAUAACUUCUGGCUCAUGCUUGUAUUAAUAGAAAUGAGCUUAAAGAGGCAGCUGCAGCCCACCAGCCAACCACCACACUGCAAUACAGAGACUGCAAGGUUUUUUUUUGUGUGUUCUGAAUGUUUAAUUGAAAUAUUUAAACAUAACUUAGAUUUGUUUUUUGGUUGCAGCUCACUUCUAGCUCCAGGUUAGACACCAAAUAGUUACAACAUGGUUCCCUCUUACAACACAGCACUUUAAUCUUGAUACCUGCCUGCUUGACUGUCAUUGGAGGUAGUAACGGUCCUGUGGUUAAAGAAAGUGACUGGAAGGUCACAUAAAUUUGACUGGUACAGGUGAAGCACCCACAUCUGCUUCUGCUCUUAUUGCCUCCCUGAAGAGAUUAAAACUGUAUUUUGUGGGUAAGACUGAAACUGAUUUAAAGACAAAUUACAUACAUACAUACAUACAUACAUACAUGCAUACAUGCAUACAUGCAUGCAUA